UUUUGGGUUUUUUUUGGGGCCAACUUCAAGGUCGCAACACCACAUAGCUCGUCAUUUCCAGCGAGGCACGGAAACUUGCUUCGGUCCCCUUCAAUGGCGUUCUCUGCAAUUUCUUCGUACUCUCCCCAGGUUCUUGGUGUCCCCAAGGACUUGGCUCCGAUAUCUGUUCCUCCAAAUUCAGUCUCUUUUCGAUUUUCACGACCAAAUCUCCAUCAUCGGAAAUCCUUUUCGAUUCGAUCAGUUCAAGUUCCAGCUGCACCAACACCAGAAGGGUUGGCACCUGCAAUUUCUCUGACGGAUAAUGCACUGAAGCACUUGAACAAGAUGAGGUCUGAGCGCAGCCAAGAUUUAUGCUUAAGGAUUGGUGUUAAACAGGGUGGUUGCUCUGGCAUGUCAUACACAAUGGAUUUUGAAGACGGGGCUAACACAAGAGCAGAUGACUCCAUUAUUGAAUACAAUGGUUUCGUAAUUGUAUGUGAUCCCAAGAGCCUACUCUUUUUGUAUGGUAUGCAAUUGGAUUACAGCGAUGCUCUGAUUGGGGGAGGCUUCUCUUUUAAGAAUCCUAAUGCUACACAAACCUGUGGAUGUGGCAAAUCUUUUGCUGCAGAAAUGUAAAAUUACAUGCACAGACAUUAGACGAUAGUGAUUGGUUUAACUAUACUUAGAUUGUAUAAUAAAAUUUCUAAUAGAUGGAAUAUCAUUUGGAUGAAUUGUCAAGAAGAAAUUUCUGAAUAUGUCUGUUAUUUUCAUGCUUAUAUGGGUCUGCUGUUUACUCUUGGUUUUGUGACCCCUCUUGUUGAAGGAUUUGUGACUUUCAAAUUUCGAUAGAGAAAGAUUUGACAAGCUUGUUCAAA